GUAUCCAUUGGCUCCCGCCAUGGGGAGCCAAGGAGGGUAUUCAAGCAGCAAGUUGACCCAUGGCGCAACUGAUCGCUGGCAGGUUUCAGGCGAGGCGAACUUUCUUGGUGCUUGGAGCUUCACCAAAGUCUCGGAGAAGAUCGGCUCGGGGUCCUUUGGUGAUAUCUACAUGGGCAUCAACAUCACAACGGGUGCCCCUGUGGCUAUCAAGCUGGAGUCCGUCAAAGCCCAGCACCCGCUGCUCGUCUUCGAGUCGAAGCUCUACAAGCUGAUCUCCAAUGGCGUGCAAAUUCCGGCGGUGCAUUGGUAUGGCGUGGAAGGGGAGUACAAUGUGAUGGUCAUUGACCUCCUCGGACCUUCCUUAGAGGACCUCUUCAACUACACUGACCGGAAGUUCACCCCGAAGACCAUCGCAUCGCUGGGGCAGCAGAUGAUUGAUGCCAUUGAGUAUGUCCAUUCGAGAGGCUUUCUUCACCGGGAUAUCAAACCCGAGAACUUCCUGAUGGGCGUCCAGAAGAAAUCGGGCGACGUGUACAUCAUCGACUUCGGUCUCGCGAAGCGAUACCGAAAUCCACGGACCAAUCAGCACAUUCCCUUCAGGAACGAUCGUAAGCUGACAGGCACGGCCCGCUAUGUGAGCAUCAACACCCACCGGGGGAUUGAACAAAGUCGAAGAGACGACUUAGAAGCCAUCGGAUAUGUUCUGAUGUAUUUCUCCCGUGGAAAUUUGCCGUGGCAAGAGCGCUAUCUGGGCGGUGGGAAGGGGGGUACCAAGGAGGAUAAAUACAAGCGCAUCCUCGACAAGAAGGAAAGCACCUCACUGGAACUUCUAGGCAAGUCAGCCCCCCCAGAGUUGAAUGCCUACAUCUACUACGCGCGGAAUUUGAAUUUCGAAGAUCGUCCAGACUACGCUUGGUGCCGCUGGCAGUUCAUCAUGAUCCUCAUGCGGGAGGCUGGAAAUGGCUUUGACCGCAACGUGGAUUGGGAUUGGGAGGUUCGCUAUGUGCACGAGAAGGCGGAGACCGUGGCACGCUAUGGCGAGGGCGCGGUGGAUCAGGAGCUGCCCUUGGCGGACAAGCUCCGUAGAGACGGGGACAGGAGCCGCAAGUCGGCGCCCGUGUUCAACACCCAGGCGGCUACGAAGUCCCAACCGCCUCCCGAUGGACUGAGCCCUCAGGCCAACAUGGAUUCGCAUUCCGCGGGACACCAUGUGCACGGCACCGACGUGUCAGAGAAUGCCCCCAAUGCGGAGACCCUGGCAACGGUCGGCACCCCUGUUUCGAAGGGCGUCAAGAUCUGGGGCGAAGGAAAACUUUUGCGACAGGAAGAUGAUAAAGGAGAGCUGUUGCAGCUGAGUAAUCCUAUGGGAACCUCCUUCACGAUUGGACGUGGGAACAGCUGUGAUGUAGCCCUCACUGGGCUCACAGGUAUUAGCGUGUCGCACUGCAGCCUGAGGAUGCAGGAGGACGGCAACGACUACCCCACCGUCAUUUUAAGUGACACAUCUUUAAACGGCACCUUCGUGGAUGGCACGUUGGUCGGAAAGGGCAAUGAGGUGACAGUACCAAACGGUGCCGUUCUCACCUUCAUCAAGGGCAAACAAUAUCCACAAGUGACGCUGGCAUGCCCUGUGACAUCUCCAAUGCCAAAUCGGAAGUCCUUGGAGCAAUUGAGGAUUGACAGCCCCUUUUUGAGAGUGCUCCAAGAACUUGAGAUGGCACAAUGGUUUGUCAUCACAACAUGUCCUGUAGCUGGUGCCCGGUGCCAUGGCAGCGCCUAUGCCAUGGCAGGGACUAGAGGCACUUGCGGUUCAGCCUUGAAAAUCAUUGAAACUCAGACAAGGGGCCAUGGCGACGCUCCAAGUGGAGAGGGCCAAUCGUACCAGAGGCCUGCAGAACUUGGGCAACAGCUGUUUCAUGAAGCCUGGCAGUGGCAGCUUUCAGGUGGUGCCAAGUGGAAUAGUGGCCUGCAAUGCUUGGUGAACAUCCCCCCGCUGCGUGAUGCCUUGCUUGCCGAUGACUCCUGGGAGCCAGGUUCCAUCUACGCCAUUCUGGCGAAUUUGGUGCGAAACAUGUGGGCGCGAAGCCCUGGGGAUGCCUUGGCAGUGAGCCCUGAUGAGUUGAAGAAGGCCACCCUGAAACUCUUCCCCACUUUCGAGGACUACGAGCAACAGGACGCCAUGGAGUUCCUAGAGCUUUUGAUCAAUGCAUUGGUCGAGGGAACUGAAGUCGGGGAUGAUGACCAAACGGCUGAGAAGAGAGCAUCCUCCGCCACCGGGGACGCUUUCGCCCGGCUGCUGGGGGGGUUCUUCCAGACAGAGCUGCGGUGCCCGCGGUGUAGCAAGGAGUGGUCCAAGGCAGAGGAUUUUUUUUCCAUCAGACUCCCUAGUCACUCUCCGUGUGAACGUGACGACUUUACGGUGAUCCUGAUUUCGCGACCUUCGUCGCUGCGGCCCAUCCUGGAACAUCGGGUCUCAGUACCGAAGCCUGCGCAGGUCUGCAGGCUGCUGGAUGUGAUUUGCCCCAAGGCAGAGGUUGAUAGAGAGCUGUGUCUCGCAGCAGUGCUGGAGGAUGGAAAAUGGCGGCAUUUUGAGGAGGACCACGAGCUGUUGCCGGGCCAUCUCCCCGUUCUCGUCUACGAGUUGGAAGAUACCGAGGCCAUCCGCGCCUUCGCCGCGGGCAGCGAUGCAGCGGCGGAUGCGGCGGAUGCGGCGGCGCGGCGCGUGUGUCCGGAGGAUGGCAAGGUGUAUACCUUUCCAGAGUUGUUGGCUGCAUAUUCUUCGGACUAUUCUCCUUCAGACUUGCGAGCAUAUUGGCGUGAUGCUAUGGCCCCAGAGUUUGUAAAGGAUGGGAAGAAGUCUCCUGUGGUGGUGCAUGUCCGUGUGAACUGGACUCUGGGACGAAAACUCUUGGGCGUGCCCCUCCUGUUCUGCAUGGACACAAAGACAAACAUGGAGAUGCUGAUUGAUGCGAUUCAGGUGCAACUGAUGUUGAGGUACAACGUGGACGCGACUGACUGGAGCCUAUUCCAAAGCAGCGCAGGUUGGGAUGCCCUGCACGCUGAGACGCAGCUGCGCAGUGAUGGGCUGGUGACGUUGAGGGACUGCGAACAUUUGGUGCUUCACUGGGACUUUCCGCCCGCCUCUCUGCUGAAAAGUUCCAUUCAGGUGACGCAGUCCCCUGCUUCGCCGCUGGAGGAGAGCCUUCUGAGUUGUUUCCAGUGGCUCACUGACGCCGAGCAGCUCGAUGAGGAGAAUGGGCUUUUCUGUCAGCACUGCGAGCGGAAAGUUGAAGCCUUUAGCAAGGUUUCCCUGGCCAUGCUGCCGCCAGUGCUGAUGCUGCAGCUGAAACGAUUUGACUUCAGAUAUGGGCAGAGACAUCGCCUGAAUGACGCAGUGAGCUUCCCAUUGGAGGGUUUGGAGCUAACGCCCUAUCGCAGCAGCCCUGAAAUGCUACAGAAACUCGUGUCCUCCCAAGAGGCUGAAGAGGCUGAAGAGGCUGGGAAGAGUGAGCCAUUGGACAUGGAUGUGCUGAAGGAAAUGGAUGUGACCUAUGACCUCCUUGGUACUAUCACACAUUCUGGAACAGCUUCCGUUGGUCAUUACCAAGCAUACGUGCGAUCAUGUGAGGACGGUCACUGGUACCUCUACAACGACCACCUGGUCCGCCGUGCAUCCCACGACGAGGUCAAGGCGGACACGCGCGGCACCUACGUGCUGUUCUACCUCUCCAGGGCCUUGAGACCUAGCUCCUGGGAAGAGCCCUUCGUGUUAGCCACGUGA